AUGAAAGAAAGAAUUAAGAUACCAGAUGCGAAUAAUUCAAUUGAAGUUGCAGGUGAUAGUGAGGGGUUGGAGUGGCGAAGGCCCUCCAACCCAUCACAACCAACCUCAAAACCGAAAUUCCUACCGUACCUAACGAAGAAACCAGCAACCGCCCCAAAAGCCUACAGUCGACCAUUAGAGACCACCAAAUCCGUUCCGAAGUUCGCCCAAGUCGCAUCUUCUAGUAAAGAAGCCAUCCUCCCACCACCAAGAACGGCAACAUGCGACAUGGCACCUAUCCUACACCUGCCCCUCGACAUAUGGCACCUCAUAACCUGCCAACUCCACCCCUCGACCAUCAGUGCCCUAACCUGCACUCAUCCUCUCUUACACAACUUCCUCACACCAAUCCUCUACCAUUCCGUCGACCUCAGUCUCUCGGCCCCAUCGACCGAAUUCUGGCCCAAAACCAACAUAUCCAUAAUGGACCAUACCUGGUCCCGCCGUUCUCACAUUGCUAAAUCCCAGUACCUAUUCAUUAAGCAGAUUCUCGCUCAUCCGGAUCUGGCUCUGCAUGUCAGGACACUUAAUUGGACGAUCGGAUUAGAGAGGAUGGGGUUAUUGCCUGAGGAAAUUCAGGGCGAGAAACCAGUGUGGAAAGAUGAGGAGAUGUAUGCUGUGUUUGAGAUGUUGAGGGAUGUUGUUAGACUUGAUGUUAAGACUGGUACUAGGAGCCAUGGACACUUGCCUUUGGAUAUGGUUGGGAGGGGAUUGUUUCCGAAUGCGAGAUAUGUUAAAUUGAGUGGGAUUAUGAGGAGAGAGUUUGUUGAUGCUGUUCUUUCGGCAGACAUGCAAACCCAGAGUAGCGACGAUGCCAGAGGAAAAGGAAAGGAGAAGGAGAUGGUAGGCUUGGAGAACCUGAGCCUGGAUAAAGUACCCUUGAAGACUUUGAAUCUGGAUGAUUUGCAAGAGGAGGGCACAUUCCAAAAUCAAGCCACGCCAUACGCAUUCCGUCGAAUGAGUGCCAAAAAACGGUUAUUAGGAACAGAAGUACCACAGGAAGUUCCGAGACUGGGACCUUGUCAGCCGAUGCAACACAUCCUGACGCCAGCUUUGUACGACAGAUGCAGAACGCUCCAGCGGUUGUCGAUUCGGGUCUAUGGAAUGUCUGAGAGGGGGAGUUCGGACGAUGAGUUAUGGAUGGACUGGGCUGUCUUCAUCGAGGAAGUGAAGCCUCAAGAAGUGGUCUUCGACUGUGAUAGGCUGCCGAGAAGCCAUGGACGAGGUGGUGGGUCGGCUUUGAGGUUUGCGAGGUUGCGAGAGGCGCGUGGGAGGGCGGCAGUGGCGAAUGAUAGAAGGUUUGGGGAGACUUUGCUCCCGGUCUUGAGAGGUGGCUGGGAGGGACUGAAGCUUGUUGAGAUUCGUGGUGUUGGCGAGAGUGUGGUCAAAGAGCUUCGAGUACUCGAAGAGAAGGGGGUUAAGGUAGUUUUUGAUGUGGAUAAUGAGGAAAGCUACAAAUGGUUGCGUACGAACGAGGGAAAUUAG